AUGCAGUUUUAUUUGAUUGUCUUAUUGUAUUGUAUACUUCAACAAUUUGUUUAUAUUCAUACUAAUUCAGGAGAUGUAGGAACGUUUUAUCACACUGAAAGCUUCAGAAAACAAAAAUGUGUCAUUUUUGAAAGACCAGAAAGUUGUGCAAAAGUUAUCAAAAACAAGUCUCCGCUAUUCACACAUUUUGCUGUAGCAUUAGAAUUGGAAGAAAAGGAAUUGAAAAAUUUAUUAAAAGCAAACUUAAGCAUAGCUGAAAAAAAUCGAAAAUUUGAAUAUUGGGCAGAAAAAAGCUGUAAUAUCAUUUUACAACAGCUUACAACAACAGAAAUGCCAUAUUAUGAAAGACCAUAUUGUAGUGUUGUUAGAUUUAUUCCAUCCGAUGUAGAAACUGUAUUCGCUUUACUUGAUAUAGUUUAUGAUUCAAUUAAAGCAACACAACUACAUGAUCAAACUUUACUUGGAACAUUAAGACAAAACAAAAGAUAUCAUCCUGAUGGUAAUAAUUUAGCCGAACUUCAUGUGAAAAUUAUGUCCAAUACAAUGAAACGGACAUGUGAGGAGUGCAAAGAAAUUUGCCCACCGUAUUCAUAUUGCGUAAAUACAAUGAAUGGAAUCAAUUGUGUAUGUAGAUUCGGAUGGACAAAAGUAGGAGGGUUUAGUCGUUCACAACGUUGCAAAUUACAUCCAAUCUCUGUGGUUCUUCUGGUUAUUUGUGGACUGUUAUCGAUAACACUAUUUGUUUUAUCCGGGUAUUUCAUAAAAAGAAUUACCGUGACAAAAUACCUAAGACGAACUGAAAUAACAAAAUGA